AUGUCAACCCCAACGUACCCACCAUCAAGACCAAGACCCUUCAUCCUCGAUUUCGACGGCACAAUCACCACUAAGGAUACAAUCUCUACAAUAUUUCAGUUGGCUAUCUCAAGACAGGCCUCCCUCGGGCGUGACUUCACCAAGGCACACGAAUCUAUAAUAUCCAACUACGCCACAGACUUCUCACACCACGAGAAAAAUUACCGUCCCCUAAAACAAGACCGGAAUACGCUGGGCAAAGAAAUAAAUUAUUAUAGAGGCCUACGUCCCGUGGAGAUUAAGAGUUUUGACCGCGUUAGUGCAUCGGGAAUCUUUGGGGGGAUUGGGGAUGAGGAGUGGAUUGGGCUAGGGAAGAAGGCUGUCCGAGAUGGUGAUGUCGUUGUGAGGAAUGGGUUCCGGAAGUUUCGUGAGAGGGUGGAGGGGUCUGAAGCUGGGGUAUGGGGCAUUAUAUCUGUGAAUUUUUCGAAAGGCUUUGUUCAAGGUGUUGUGGAAGCCGGGGGUGGGAAUGUUGACGGUGUGGAGAUACUGACCAAUACUCCAGAUGAGAGGGGAGUUCUUCAGGGGCCAAAAAUCGAGCGUUCGGAUUUGAAUGGACAGGUAGUUGCCACUUCUGAUGACAAACUAGCUGCGAUGAAAGCGCUAUUGCAGCUUUGGGGGGAAAAUGGAUCUUUAGGAAAGUGUGGGUUAGAUGGUAUUGCUCCUGUUUAUGUUGGGGAUUCGGGGACGGAUAUUGAAUGUCUAACUGAGGAUGGUAUUAUUGGUAUUAUCAUACGUGACGAUGGACAUGGUAAUGUAGAUUGGAGCGGCCUUGAGUUUUCACAUGUAAAGGAGUUCCGGGAAACAGAUGGUGGAGGGGCAAAAAAGAUAUACUGGGCUCGUGACUAUUUAGAGAUUCUCGACAGUCCUCUAUUUAAAUAG